AGAGGUUUGACUGAGAGACAGACAGUUUGUGACUGAAGUCUGACCCAGGAUCAGUCACCUCAAACAGUGUCUCAGGUGAUUUCAGGGGCUCAGACCAGAUAUUCGCUUCAGCCCAGGUAUUUGUUUCCGUUUGACCAGGUGUGUCUCUGGGUGUCGUCAUGCCUUGGCGGCUGACCUCUCAGCUGGAGUGUCUGUCUUCGUCUCCGUCACAGCGUCAGUGUGAGCGGACGUCCUUCUCCUUCUACUGUGCCGUGCGCGAGCAGCUACCGGUCUGGAUGCUGGAGGACAUGCGCAGUAUGGAGGUCUUCUGCUGGGAGGACGGACGACCACGAGCCUUCCUGCAGUCUGAGGCGCUGCUGUAUGCGCUCGUACACGACCACCAGGCUUACGCACGCUACCUGCUCAACAGGUACUCCGUGAGCGCGCUCAGAGCACCGCGCUGCGACUUCUGCUGCUGCCGCAGCAGCGGCUCACCGCACCUUUCCUUGGCGGUGCGCUACAACCGCGUGUCGAUCCUGGGCAUGAUCGUGGAGGCUCUGAAAGACUGCGACACGCAGAGUGGGCGGCGGGACUACCUGGACAGCCGUGGCGGCUGCUCACAUGUGGCGGAUGCAGGAAAGACAGCGGUGCAGCUGGCGGUGGAGCUGUCACGACCCGACUGCCUGCUGCUGCUGCUGGUUCAUGGCGCGCAGCCUGAUGGUCUCGAGGCUGCGCUGCAGCGACUUGUCACCUCCGACGUGACAGAGCGACGCCACGCGCAGCGCUGCCUCGACUUCCUGUUGCUCUUUCUGCCCAAACCGCCAGCAGUGCAUCGCCUGCAGGACGAACCGCAGCGCUGGCAAAGCCUUCUGGGAAAUGAAGUGUUCAGCUGGCUUUGUGGUCUGGCCCCGCCCCCUCUCCUGCUGCAGGCCCUCAGGUGUUUGGCCCGGUCCGGCCCGGAUCAGAUCACAGCUCUGCCAGACUUCUUGCAACUGCACAGCUGGCAGUGACAUCAUCUGUCACCAUGGUAAUGCCAUAAACACCUCAAGACUGCUGUGAUUGGACGUGUGCUGAUGAUGUAAAUAAAAUGUAAAUAAGACUAAAAACAGACCUGAUCAGUGAUCAAUGCUGAGUCAGGUAAAAACCACGUAUCACCAGACAGAUUAAUGUUCAUUUCUCAAAACAGGGCUUAGGACCCUGCAGAGGACUGAAAGAGCAGCUGUUAGAAAACAUGCAAGUCAGCAAGGAUACAAGGUUUUCAUAUGGAGCCGGUGUGAAUGAAGAUGAAUGAAUUUAAUUCAGUUCAGUUUUAUUGUGUGAGACCUGAAGAGAUGAAAUGAUCUGAAGACGAUUUCAGACUUUUUCACAGAGCUCAGUCACUUCUGUUACUGUCACAUAAAACACAACAUCUGACCUGAAAGGUAAAACUAGUGAAACAGUUUACGUGUUGGAGGAUGCAUCAUUCUGUAAAUAUGAUGUAUGAACUUGAUUCUACCUCGCUGUCCUGAUUUCACUGAGUCGUAUUUUUACAAACUGAUCACAGGAAAGAAAUAAAUAUAGAUUUCUUCAUUUUAAGUAAGCUGUGACACCUCUGGUUCAGCUUCGAGUCUGCCUGGACACCUUCCUGGUUUGUUGUCAUUUUUCCAUUGUAUCGCAUGAAGGCAUAAAAUACUGUAAAUUAUACUAUAAUCAGAAUAAUUAUCAUAACCUAAGUAUGUGAAUAAAG